AUGAAUAUUGAUAAAGAUGUUGAGAAUACCAAUACAGACAACCAUAACAAGAAUAAGCCCAAUCAAAUAACAGAUUCAAACCUUACCACACUCCAAAAAACUCCAGAAUACAAUAAUGUCGCCAAUACAAAUAGAACUAGCAAUGUACUCCUAAUGUCCGAUAUGCUGUCAAGACCAAACGUGUCAUUAACAACAACAACUACCACUGAUGUUGAUACAAAUCCAGUAUUGAGUGAUAUAAGUAUACCUACAAAAUUAGAUAAUCUUCAUAUAGAAGGUGUACUCGAUAAACAAUUCAAUAAUCAGGUACAUAGGAAGAAAAGUCCCCCAUUAUUGAAUGGAAAUCAAGAUAUUAAAAAUGUUGCUAUUGCUGGGGAUAACUUUGAGGAUCAUACUUCUGCUUCUGAGACUGCGUUAAACCAGAUCCAGACAGAUUAUAAUGACAAGAAAGUCAAUAAUCGUAACAAUAACAGCGGCAAUGACCUAACUAUGAAUUUAGUUGUAGGCAAAAAAGUAGAUAGCAUUCUGCCAGAAAAUAUUAUAAAUAUCAAUACAACCUCUUCUGUAAAAAUUGACAAUAAUAAUAUCCACUCAAUAAGAUUUCAAACAUCAGAUCCAAGUAAUCAAUUAACUACCACAAAUUCCCAGUUAUCAAUAUUCCAUCCAGAUGUAAAUAAACACCGAACCACACAAAUUAAUGAUAGUAUGAACUCAAUACAUUCUAAACAUAUAUUCCCCAUUAAAAGUGAUUCCAUGAAUGUAAAUAGAUCUAGUACUUAUGCAUCUAAAUCCACUGUGAAGGCAAUACCUAUUAGAAAUCCAAAUAGUCAAAGACUAUUAGACUUGGAAGACAGGUUCUCUACUCGAAGUAGAUCCUCAUCUAUGACAACAUCACUAUCAAGGAGUUUUUUAUUUGGUUUCUACCAUGCUCAAAAAAAUAAAACAGACCUUAAACAAAAGCGACCUCUUAUUUCAAAAGAAUAUUGGAUGAAGGAUGAAAGUGCUAAAGAGUGUUUUUCUUGUGGGAAACCAUUUACUACUUUUAGGAGAAAACACCAUUGUAGAAUAUGUGGUCAGAUAUUUUGUCAUGCUUGUUCUUUACUAAUGGACGGGGAACGACUAGGUUACACCGGUAAGAUGCGUGUUUGUUACAAUUGUUUUGAACAUAUUAACACUUAUAUGGAUUCUAGUGAUGAAGAAGAUGAACUUGACGAUGCAAUUGUAGAAAAUAACAAUCAUCUUAACGAGAGUGGAAUUUUAUCCCAAAAAAAACUCUCAUACGAAAAAAUUAAAGAUAGAAAUUCUAUAUCCAGUGAUAGCAAUACUUCUUCAGACGAUAAUCAUUCAAUAUCUCUAAACAGUGGAUUGUCUUUAUCAGUCUCUGAACCUACCGAAAAACGACAAAAAGAAAUCAUAUUAUUGAACCAGGAUGAUGUCCGAAGUAUCAUUACUGCUGAUGAAGACUCUAAACUAUUUGUCAUGACUCCUUCACCACCUCCUAAAAUGGCAAUUCCUGCCACUAAACAAGGAGGAUCACUGGAAAUUGGUUUUGAUAGAAAUCGCUCUGAUAGAAAAAAAAAUAAAUAUUAUACCUUCAAUACCCCCAGCUAUUCAAAUAAUAACGAACGCUACACUAUUAGAGAUGUCGAUAUGCUACCCAAACAAUACCGUUCGAAGCAUAAGAAAUAUCAAAAUGCAGGGUCCUCUGAAAAAUAUUAUUCUCUAUCACCUUCUGAAAAUCGUCACAAGCGCAUUCCAAGUAUGAACUCCUUACGAAAAUCUCUUUUAAAUUAUGUUGGCUCAGGAAAUAAAACAAGCCCAUUUUCACAAACUUUUGAUAACCAGCAGCAACCAGAAAUAUAUAACAACACAGAACCCCAAAAAGAUGGUAUUAAGACUGCUAGCACAAUAAUUGGCAAUUUAACUAACAAAAAUUUUAAGUUCCAGUUUAAUUUCAAAAAAGAUGCACCUAAGGAUAGAAACUUGAUUCAAGACAAUCUCGUACAUGUAGACGAUGCAAGAAAUUCAGAAUUAAGAUAUGAUUCAAGUGGUAGUGACAACAGUCUUGAAGAUGAAGGUACAAUGUCAAUAUACUCUUCUUUACAUGAUCUUCCAGUAGCGACAAAUCCUAUAAGAUCAACUAGAAAUUCAUCCAGGUCAUUACAAAGAGCACAGGCCUCAUUAAAAAGAAUUCAGAAUAGACGAACCAAAAACAGAAAUAAAAUAUUCUAUCAUCAUGAUUUUGAACGUUUGGGCAUGAGUGCUCCCAAUCUUUUAUCAGUUGUUACCGACGAUGAUGCAGGAAAUAAAUUUUUAGAAGAUACCAAUUCUCAUAAAAAUUCUGCUAAUAAUACUGAUGAUCUUAUUGAUGAAAUUUCUAAAAGCAAUGCUAUUCUCGAGAAACGUGAAACUAUUUUAAAUGCACGGCACUCAAAAACAAAUAAUGUUAACACACAAUGGAAGCGACUAUCCAGUAUUUCAUUGCAUCAUCCUCAUAGAACAAGUAGUACAUACAGUUUUAAAAAAAAUUUACUCAAUGAAGUUGCUACGGUUCAUAUGCACUUGCUUUUAAAGCAAGUAUUAGCUGAUCAGGAUAUUAAAGGUAAGGAAAGAUGGGAAACUGUAUUUAAAGAAGUUCUUUUAAAGAAAGUACAAUUUAUUACCUUGAGUGCUCGGGAUUCAAACACUUUAGAUUAUAGGCAGAAGUAUGUCAAAAUAAAACGAAUAGCUGGCGGUACAAUAGAACAAUCAGAAUAUGUGAAUGGAAUCGUGUUUUCAAAAGCUUUACCUAAUAAAUUAAUGCGUUCAUACAUUGAUAAUCCCAGAAUUUUAUUAAUCAUGUUUCCUUUAGAAUAUCAAAAGAAUGAAAAUCAUUUUUUAAGUCUUGAAACAGUACUUGCCCAAGAACAGGAAUAUUUAAACAAGUUGGUUUCUAGAUUAACUUCAUUGCAUCCUGAUAUCAUAUUCGUAGGUGCUAAUGUUAGCGGAUAUGCGCUAGAUUUACUUUUAAAAGCUGGCGUCACCGUCCAAUAUAACAUAAAGCCCCAAAUUAUAGAAAGAAUUGCAAGACUAACUGAAGCUGAUAUUGCUGUCUCUAUUGAUAAAUUAGCAUCCAAUGUGAAGAUGGGAGAAUGUGGCUCAUUUCAAGUCAAAACUUAUAUAUAUGGAAAUAUUAGUAACACAUAUACUUUUUUGAAAGGUUGUAAUAGUGAUUUGGGAGGAACACUUUUGCUCAGAGGUGACUGUAAUGAAAAUUUAGAAAAAAUUAAACAUGUUGCAGAAUUUAUGGUUUAUGUUGUAUUUGCUUUAGAGUUAGAGAGUUCCUUUUUUAAUGAUAACUUUAUUCAACUUUCAUCGUCCUUUUACCUUGAAAAAAGCAAACAAAAACGCAUGAGUAUUUUUGAUGGCUAUUAUUUUGAAUUCCUAGAAAAAUUUAGCCAUCGAAUAUUAACGACAUCACCUACUGUUGAAUUUUCAAUGCCUUUUCUUUUAAGCAAGGCGAGAGAACUUGAAGCCGAAAUUAAACAUAGACAGGAACAACAGGCAGCAUUGGAAGAUAAGGAUAUAUCCAUAAAUCACCCAGAAAUCAAGGAAUUGGGCAUCGAAUCCACACUUACAUUUAAAGAUAUGAGAUAUAUUACUAGUUUUUUGCAACAGAAAAGGAUUGAAGACUUACAAGCUACUUUCAAAAAAAGAUGUAAACAAUGGGAAGUGUUCUAUUCAUUAUCACAUAAUAUGUUAGGUACUGGUUCUCAUCAAGCUAUUACUGUUUUGUAUUCGAUGGUUUCAACGAAGACUGCAACUCCAUGUAUUGGUCCACAGUUGGUUAACAUCGACUAUUUUUGGGACACUGAUAUUUCAAUAGGCCAACUGAUUGAAAAUAUUGUACUUACAGCACAUUAUCCUUGUGAACAAGGUUGUAACAGUUAUCUGUUUGAUCAUUACAGGAGUUAUGUUCAUGGUACUGGUAAAGUCGAUAUUAUGAUUGAAAAAUUCCAAACAAAACUUCCUAAACUUAAAAAUAUUAUCUUAACUUGGAGUUAUUGUAAAAACUGUGGGACUUCUACACCUAUUUUACAAAUAAGUGAGAAAACAUGGAAUUAUUCUUUUGGUAAGUACUUAGAAAUUAUGUUCUGGAGCAAGAAGGGAAGUCUAUCCGAUAUUGGAAAUUGCUCACAUGAUUUUACUAAGGACCAUGUCAAGUAUUUUAGUUAUGGUGAUUUAGUAAUAAGGAUGGAAUAUUCAGAUUUAGAUAUACAUGAGGUCAAUACUCCUCCUGUAAGAAUGAGAUGGCAACCCAAUAUUGAUAUAAAAUUUAAGGUUGAAAAUUACUAUAAGAUUUUAGAUAAAAUAAAUAUGUUCUAUGACAGUGUUGUGGACAGAUUAGAACAUGUCACACUUGAUAGUAUACAUCAUAGUAAAAAACAAAAUGCCGAGAAUAAAAUCAAUGAAAUGAAACAAAAAGUAUACCAAGAAAAGAAAACAUUAUUCUCAGACCUAGAAUCUCUGUAUCAAAGAUAUCCAGGUGAUCAACACUUGCAAUUGAAUCGUUUAUUAAAAAUUGUAUGUGACUAUGCAGCCGAUUGGGAUAAUGACUUUAAUUUAUUUGAAAAAGAAUAUCUUCCUUCAGAAAGAGAUAUUACUAGAAUUACAUCAAAGCAGCUAAAAAAAUUAUUUGGAGAGCCUAAAUCAACAGAAAGUGAGUUGGACAUGACUAAUAACAAUACUACAACAACAUCAGAUACAAUAUUAGCUACUAAUGAAAAAGAAAAAAGUAAUAGAAACUCAUCUACAGGAGACCAGAACACACUUGUAAAAGGCAAGCAAUCUGAAAAUUAUAAACAUGCACUGAUGAUUCAACAAAAGGAUAAUAUUCAGAAACCACAUAAUGAUAGUCCUGAAGCUGAACCAUUAAAUAGUGAAGAAGGAUCCAUAAGCACUGCCAUAGAUUUGGAAGAAAACAAAACUAAGAAAAAUUCAAAAGUACUGGAAUUAGCAUCUUUUUUCGAUCAAAUACAUUUAGAUGCACUUCCUAAAGAUUCUGAACUUCAUAAAGAAUUCACAAGACUAAGAGGUGAUAAAAAUAAAUACAAGAAUUAUAAAUUACAAUCAUCUGCUCCAAUUAUCGAAGUGUACAAGAAUGUUAAAGAUGCUGUUGCAGAGCCAUUACAUGAUCCAGGCAGUCAAAAAGACCAUGAAGUCUUCGAUCAUAAAAACAUACUUCAAUUGACAGAUAAUAUCAUAACAGAUGAUAAUAAAACAUUGGAAAAAGAAACUUCUGCCAAUUUAGAGAAUGAAUUAGAAAAUUCUAUUACUCGCUGGGGAGAAAAAGUAUGGAACCAAGAAAAUAACGAAGACAAUACACUGCCAGAGCACGUAUCGUUAGGUUCUGAAUCCUCCUCUAGAAGCACUGCUGAAACCAAACCUCCUAAAAAAGAAAGCAUUGUAGUACAGCCGGAAAAAUCUUUGUUAAUGAAAGCUAUAACAAAUUUUUGGGCAGAUCGAUCUGGGUAUCUUUGGAAGCCUUUAGUUUAUCCAAUUUCCUCGACUGACCAUGUAUUUGCCGAUAAUGAUGUAAUUAUAAGAGAAGACGAACCUUCUUCUUUAGCAGCAUUUUGUUUAAAUAUGCUAGAUUAUAAAGAAAGAAUGUUAGCUGUAUACCAAGCAUAUUCACAAAAUUUACCUUCUAUACAGAAUACUGAAAAUACAAGUAUAUAUACUCUGGACACAGAAAAUCAUUCUACUACCAGUGCAUCUCAUACCACAAAUGUAAAUUCUACAGAAGAAGAAAACUCUAUUUUACUUCGGCUAAGUGAAACUCCAGAGAUUUUAGAACAGAUUAUGACUAAAAAAACUGCGGUCCAUCUUCGAUAUCAAUUUGAAGAUGAUUCAACAGUAAUGUCGUGUAAAAUUUUCUUUUCUGAACAUUUUGAUGCUUUUAGAAGAACUUCUAAUUGCAACAAUAAUUUUAUACAAAGCUUGUCAAGAUGCAUUAAAUGGGAUUCAUCUGGUGGUAAAAGUGGUAGUACCUUCUUAAAGACUCUAGAUGAACGAUUUGUCAUCAAAGAGUUAUCUCACUCUGAGUUAGAUGCAUUUAUUAAAUUUGCACCAAGUUACUUUGAAUAUAUGGCACAAGCAAUAUUCCAUGAUUUGCCUACCGCCUUGGCUAAAGUUUUUGGAUUUUAUCAAAUUCAAGUUAAAAAUCCAAAUUUAUCAAAGAAUUAUAAGAUGGAUAUUAUUAUAAUGGAAAAUUUAUUUUAUGACAAUAAACCAAGCAGAAUUUUUGAUUUGAAAGGUUCAAUGAGAAACAGACAUGUUGAGCAGACUGGUAAAGAAAAUGAGGUUCUUCUAGAUGAAAAUAUGGUGGAAUAUAUUUAUGAGUCUCCAAUAUAUGUUAGAGAAUACGAUAAGAAAUUAUUAAGAACUUCUCUAUGGAAUGAUACAUUAUUUCUAGCUAAAAUGAAUGUAAUGGAUUACUCUUUAGUUGUUGGACUCAACAAUGACAGCAUGGUGUUGACAGUAGGUAUUAUUGAUUUUAUCAGAACUUUUACUUGGGAUAAGAAACUUGAAAGUUGGGUGAAGGAAAAAAGUCUUGUUGGAGGUGGAAAUAAAGUAAUUAAACAACCUACUGUUGUUACACCAAAACAAUAUAAAAAUAGAUUUAGGGAGGCUAUGGAAAGAUACAUUUUGAUGGUUCCAGAUCCCUGGUGUCAAGAAUAUAUGUAA